AUGACUGUGCUGACAGGGAGAGCGUGCUUCUCUGCCGUGGCUGUGCUCACGUCAGCCAGAAAUGAAGUCCGCCUCAUCGUGAUGAAUUUACAGAGUAUUGCUUCUCCCCAGUUUAACAGGAACACCAGAUCUUCCUCCUCCAACUCCCCUACCUACGGUGGCCGUGAGAUGUCUCUGCUGGUCCUCGUCCUCAGCAUCGCCUUCUCUCCGUGUGCGGCUGAUGUUGGAGAUUUCAGUCCGUGUCUGCACUUCUUCUACAAGUCCUGGCCUCCCAAGGGUCUGGAGGGGACCCCAAUCUGCCAGCGGUACAACAACUCGUACUACUUCGCCACGCUGUACAGCCGGUAUCGCCGCGCGCCGUGGUUCUCGGGGUAUUUGUACACAGUACCCACAGGAAAACGUCCCACAGCCAGCUGGAAGUAUGAGCCACAGCUGGCCUACCCAGGAGCAGAUGGCAACAUGAUGCCCUUCCUGCCAGGACCCGUGGACCAGAACGUGGUGGAGAGCCAAGCGGUGAAGCUGGACUACAUCAACUCCACCUUCUCUCGCGGCCAUUUGAACCCCAGCCUUCACCACCAGACACACGCGUGCCGCUCUGCCACAUUCACCCUGACCAACGUGGUUCCUCAGAAGACUGGCUCCAAUGACGGACCUUGGGAAGUCCUGGAGCAGGCCGUCAACAACACCUUAUCGGCCUACUGCCUCACAGAGGCCUACAUUGUGACGGGCAUCAUCCCUUACAGGGACAACGAUCCUCGGAUCAAGAAUCGUGUGGCAGUACCAGAGUACAUGUGGUCUGCGUACUGCUGCCCAAAAUACAACCAAAGUCUUCCUGAAGAACUGAAGGACACCUUUCCUACGUUCGCCGCCGUUGGACGCAACGACCGUAACAGCACCGAGGAGAUUGUGCCGAUAGACAAGACGGCUAAGAAGCCGAUCUGGGGAUACGAUGUGAGAACGAUGCCUCUGGAAACCCUGGAGAUGUACCUGAAGGACAGGUUCAACACCACCGUCAGCGUCUUUUACGAGCGGUGCGCCGAAUCAAACUGA